GAUAGCUCUGCCGCGGCUCUGACAUCCACAUGCUGCUCUGCCUGAAAAGGCAGGGGGGAGACAGAGGGGAGGCAGUGAAGGCGAGCGAGGCACCGGCCCGUAGCCUACCCCCGGCACAUCCUCAGAUGCGCAGCCCCUCGGCGAGGUGGAGGUGAGGGCGGGCGCCUGCCGGCUCAGAGUGGAGUGCGCUCUCCCGGGCAAUCCCGGCACGGCCGCCGCUCCGGCAGCCAACGCUAGCAGCCUCCGCAGCAGCUUCCUUCCGCAGACUCCCCUCGAGAGGCUGGCCGAGCGGGUGUAGCCUUGGGAGAGGCUCCCGCUAGGGGAACCCAGCGAGGACGGGAGCCGUCGACCGCCUCCCAUUCGGGCUGUCCGGCCAUCGGUGCCUCCGCCCGUCGGUCCGAUUCGGGUGCCCGGGCGCGGGUAUCAGUUUACGCUUCUGAGAUCGCACAGCUUCCUGGGGGCCGGGUGAUGCCCAAGGCAAGUCUUGGCUUUGAUUUUUAUUAUCAUUAUUUCACACUUGGCUUUCGGGAAAUACUCGAGAUGUUGUAAGAUAAAGGAAAUGACACUUUGAGGAACUGGAGAGAGCGUACAUGCGUUUUGUUUUUAUGAGAGAAAACCCUUUCUAACCUUGUUGGCUGAUUUCAAGAGCUACCCUCCGAGUGAGGUGGGAAUUUCAGCAAGAAUAAAGGUGAAGACGGGUCGCCAGGACCCCAGAGGGAAACGCUGACCUGACCGUUAAGAGACCUCUACAGAAGACACUGCCAGGCAGAAAAUAAGAGAGACAAAAAAAAAAAAAAAAAAAAAAAAAAAAAAAAAAAAAAAAGAAAGAAAGAAAGAAAGAAAGAAAAGAAAAAAGAAAAACCCACAAAGAUAUAAUUGUACAAGAAUCUUACAAGCCCAGCUCUGGAGAAACCUUCCUUCUCCAAAAUGGAUCUGUUUCCUCUCACCUGGGUUUUCCUAGCUCUCUGCUUCUUAGGACCCGAAGUGAGAGGCCAACCAGACCCACCCUGUGGAGGUCGUUUGAAUUCCAAAGAUGCCGGCUAUAUCACCUCUCCAGGGUACCCCCAGGACUACCCCUCCCACCAGAACUGUGAGUGGAUUGUUUACGCCCCCGAGCCCAACCAGAAGAUUGUCCUCAACUUCAACCCUCACUUUGAAAUUGAGAAGCACGACUGCAAGUAUGACUUCAUUGAGAUUCGAGAUGGGGAUAGCGAGUCCGCAGACCUCCUGGGCAAGCACUGUGGGAACAUCGCCCCGCCCACCAUCAUCUCCUCGGGGUCUAUGCUGUACAUCAAGUUCACGUCUGACUACGCCAGGCAGGGCGCAGGCUUCUCCCUGCGCUAUGAGAUCUUCAAGACAGGCUCUGAAGAUUGUUCCAAAAACUUCACCAGUCCCAAUGGGACCAUUGAAUCUCCUGGGUUUCCUGAAAAGUACCCCCAUAACUUGGACUGCACUUUUACCAUCCUCGCCAAACCCAAGAUGGAGAUCAUCCUGCAGUUCCUGACCUUUGACCUGGAGCAUGACCCUUUGCAGGUGGGAGAGGGAGACUGCAAAUAUGACUGGCUGGACAUCUGGGAUGGCAUUCCACAUGUUGGCCCCCUGAUUGGCAAGUACUGUGGGACCAAAACACCAUCUGAACUCCGCUCGUCAACAGGGAUCCUGUCGCUGACCUUUCACACAGAUAUGGCGGUGGCUAAGGAUGGCUUCUCUGCACGUUACUACCUGGUGCACCAAGAACCACUGGAGAACUUUCAGUGCAAUGUUCCUCUGGGAAUGGAGUCAGGCCGGAUUGCUGAUGAGCAGAUCAGCGCCUCCUCGACCUAUUCCGAUGGGAGGUGGUCCCCUCAACAAAGCCGACUCCACGGUGAUGACAAUGGCUGGACCCCCAACUUGGAUUCCAACAAGGAGUAUCUCCAGGUGGACCUCCGCUUUCUAACCAUGCUCACAGCCAUUGCAACACAGGGUGCAAUUUCCAGGGAAACCCAGAAUGGCUACUAUGUCAAAUCUUACAAGCUGGAGGUCAGCACCAAUGGGGAAGAUUGGAUGGUAUACCGACAUGGCAAGAACCACAAGGUGUUCCAGGCCAACAGUGAUGCCUCCGAGGUGGUUCUGAACAAGCUGCACACACCACUGCUCACGAGGUUCGUCCGGAUCCGCCCGCAGAGCUGGCACUCGGGCAUCGCCCUGCGCCUGGAGCUCUUCGGCUGCCGGGUCACAGAUGCCCCCUGCUCCAACAUGCUGGGGAUGCUCUCAGGCCUCAUUCCCGACUCCCAGAUCUCUGCCUCCUCCACCCGCGAGUACCUCUGGAGCCCCAGCACAGCGCGCCUGGUCAGCAGCCGUUCAGGCUGGUUCCCUCGGAUCCCUCAGGCGCAGCCAGGUGAAGAGUGGCUACAGGUGGACCUGGGAGCACCCAAGACGGUGAAAGGCGUCAUCAUCCAGGGGGCCCGUGGAGGAGACAGCAGCACAGCAGUGGAAGCCAGGGCCUUCGUGCGCAAGUUUAAAGUCUCCUACAGCCUGAAUGGCAAAGACUGGGAAUAUAUCCCAGAUCCCAGGACCCAGCAACCAAAGCUGUUUGAAGGGAACGUGCACUACGACAGCCCCGACAUCCGAAGAUUUGACCCUGUCCCUGCCCAGUACGUGCGUGUAUAUCCAGAGCGGUGGUCACCGGCGGGCAUUGGGAUGCGGCUGGAGGUGCUGGGCUGUGACUGGACAGACUCAAGGCCCACAGUAGAGACACUGGGACCCACUAUAAAGAGUGAAGAGACCACCACCGCAUAUCCCAUCGAUGAGGAAGCCACAGAAUGUGGAGAGAACUGCAGCUUUGAGGAUGACAAAGAUUUGCAGCUCCCUUCAGGAUUCAAUUGCAACUUUGAUUUCCCCGAGGAGCCCUGUGGGUGGAUGUACGACCAUGCCAAGUGGCUCAGAAGCACCUGGACCAGCAGCUCUAGCCCCAACGACCAGACGUUUCCAGAUGACAGGAAUUUCUUGCGGAUGCAGAGUGACAGCAGGCAAGCGGGCCAGUAUGGGCGCAUCAUCAGUCCACCGGUGCACCUGCCUAGGAGCCCCGUGUGCCUAGAGUUCCAGUUCCAGGCCUCGGGUGGCCGCGGGGUGGAGCUGCAGGUGGUGCGGGAAGCCAGCCAGGAGAGUAAGCUCCUGUGGGUCAUCCGCGAAGACCAGGACGGCCAGUGGAAGCAUGGACGCAUCAUCCUGCCCAGCUACGACAUGGAGUAUCAGAUUGUGUUCGAGGGAGUGAUAGGAAAAGGACAUUCAGGAGAGAUCGCCAUUGAUGAUAUCCGGAUAAGCACCGAUGUCCCCCUGGACAGCUGCAUGGAACCCAUGUCAGCUUUUGCAGGUGAGAAUUUUAAAGUGAACAUUCCAGAAAUACAUGGAAGAGAAGGCUAUGAAGAUGAAAUUGAUGAUGAGUAUGAGGUGGACUGGAGCAACUCUUCAUCCCCAACCUCAGGGGCUGGAGACCCCUCAGCAGACAAAGAGAAGAGCUGGCUCUAUACGCUGGACCCCAUUCUCAUCACCAUCAUUGCCAUGAGCUCACUGGGGGUCCUCCUGGGGGCCACCUGUGCAGGACUCCUGCUAUACUGCACCUGUUCCUACUCCGGCCUCAGCUCCCGCAGCUGCACCACACUGGAGAACUACAACUUCGAGCUCUAUGAUGGCCUCAAGCACAAGGUCAAGAUGAACCACCAGAAGUGCUGCUCGGAGGCGUGACAGAUUGCACCUGAAUCAUGCUUGACGUUUCAUUCCAGCAAGAGGGGCUGGUGAAGAUUACAUUUUUCCCACUUUGGAAACUGAAUGCCAUAAUCUUGAUCAAACUGAUCCAGAAUACUGAAGGUAUGGACAGGUCAGACAGGUGAAUUGAUGGAGAAAGAGAGAUGCAGCCAUGGAGGGAAUCAUAAUCCGCCGAGGACUGCAAUGGCUGAGUCACUGCAAAACAGGGCCACGUUCUCAGCUGGGACAAAGACAGGAGCCCAUCUCUUCAUCGUCACAAUUCUAUUUUGUUUGUGAGGUUGUUAUUAAUUACAUUUCAUUUCUUUGGUCUGUGAGCAACUCAAAGAGGCAGAAGAAUAACUUCUCCCACAGAAAAGAGGGGCAGUGAUCAAUGGAUGUUCUCUGCUUUCUCUUUCUAAUCAACACUUGAAAAGCAAAGGGUCUUUUCAGCCUUUCCAUCUUUAGAAGUAAAACUUUAAGAAGGCCAUCCGGCUUAUCCCUUCCUCUGAUGGUCUUAGGAUUGAAGGGAUUUGCUGUGGUGUGCAUUCUGCCGGCCACCCUGACAAGCUGCCAUUUCCAGUCCUAGCAUCUAAGUAGGAUGUUGUUGCCUUUAACUUUUUUUAUCCAGGGGAAAUUUGCCAUUUUAGGGUCAGCUUGAGCAGCUCUUUCUUAUAUAGAGAAUUAAGAGAAACAAGAAAGGAAACUUCACACUUCAAAACCCAUAGACGCACCUCCACGUUAAAAGCGGACAAGCCUUAAAAUGCUUUGUGAAUAGGAGCCAUUCAUUAAAUCUAGACCCAGAGCUUGUAGCUGGGGGUUUCCCUUGUGGAGCCUCUGCUGGUGGUUUGCCUUUUGUUUUCCCUCCUCCUUGUUCUUCUAAAGUCUAUGCGUAUUAACAUGUGCAUGCAGCACACACUUACACACUCUCAUACACACACAUUUUUAGGUUUCUGAGUCCCAGGAAAUAGAGGGGUUGACAGUGUCAGAAGCAGGUGAGAAAAGACAGGUUCUUGAUGUGUUUUCUCCAUCAGUGGGAUGUGCUAGUUGGUAAAAAGAACAUCUGAAGAAGGAUAUGAAGAACAGCUGGAAAAGGAUAGAAGAGAUGCCCAAGUGUUACAAUCCUGUGCUGGCAAAGGCUGAGCAGUAGAAUAUAGACAUGCUGAUUUCUCCUUUGGGUGACAGCCAGCAUGCCAUUCCUCUGGGAUAAUCAAGGCACAGUUGUGUGAUCGCUGAUUCUGCCUAGAAGUCUGUAAUACUGUGGAGUGAAAAGCUCACUAUACUGCUUCAGCCCCAGAGAGGCUUAGAUUCUUAUUCAUAUAUGUACUCCCAACACACACACACACACACACACACACACACACACACACAUUAAUUUAUGUGUUUUUUAUUAAGUGCCUUGAAAAAAAUAAAAAAAUAUAUACUUUCUCUCUGGGUAGAAAUCAUGAAUAUCCUAAAAGUUAAGGCAUUUCCUCCUUCCCUGACUUCAAUGGCUCCAUUCUCAGUUCCCUCAACUCACCGCUGAUCCUAUUAAUGGAAUGAGCCCUGCUACCCAACAGGUAGUCUUAGCCCUAGAUGACUCUCAACUACUCCAGAAAAGGAGGCACUGGGAAUAGAAUGAAACCAUGUGAGGGAUAAGAUUGUCCACUUCAAGAUCCAAAUUUUAUUUUGUAUUAAUGCUUAAGGAUUGCCUGCAUGCUAGAAAUCCAAGCGGGUUGUCCAGCCUGUUGCAUAUCAAUGGCAAACUGUCAGACCAUUUUUGCUGCUAUGGUCACCUACAAUUCCAUUUGUCUCACACCCAGGUGAAAGGGAAAAGGUGAAUGGCACUGGCUAGUUUCUUUAAAUGUUAACUUAUGAAAAUGCUAGUUCAAAUGGUAAUGUCACAGUGUUUCGUAUGCAGAGAAGGAGAAUUCAUACUGACAGCUAUUUAUUCACAUGUGUGUCUUUGCGCGCCUUUGAGUUCUCUGUAUCUACUGUGUAUGUGAAUGGUCACGUGGGACUCAGUGGUGGUGUUGUGUGACUUUGACCUAGGACCCAAGUGUGACCUCUGAUCUCAGCACUCAUUCACACAGUGAUAGUUAGAGGUGAAAAGUAAAGCCGUCAAGUUGCAAGAGCUUAGUGUUAGAUGCCCUUUGAACUGGGCAUGCAGUAGAAGCAAGUUUUAAUGAGCUCGCCCUGCUCUUCACCCUCCUACACAACUUGGUGUUCAGAAAGCUAGGAAGUUCCAGAAAUUUCCAGAAGAGAAGUUCCAAACCCCAUGGGGGUGUCCUGGCCCUCCCAUGCUCAGUGGGCCAUUUUACUAUAAUUCCCCAAAGACCACCCCUGUCUCAGGCCUGAAAUUCACCUCUAAGUUAUUACAACCCAGCCUGCAUCCUUCCAAAAGUCCUACAUCUGUAUUCACCACUGGCUGAUUUGAGGCCCUUAGUGAGCCCUGAGUACUGAACAGAGCAGGGUCCUCACUGUAGGUAGAUACCUCACUGAGGCUGGAGGCUGGGUCCCUUCUGACUUGGUCAGGGGAUGCCUUGGUGUAUGUAUUAUCUUUGUCUGCAGGUAGGCAAGCUGACCUGUCUCCUUGAAUUGUUCCCUUUGCAAAACUCAACUCACAGUACUGAUCUCCUUUUUGCCUUGUAUUCAAUGACAUAUUACCUCCACGCUCUCUGGGACCAGGCAGUCAAACAGGGCCACACGGUUGCUGUCUCUCUUUGGUGGGGUUGGGGAAUUGCCAAGAAUAAGGGUCCAAGGAAUGAGCAUGAAUGACAGAAAAGGAAACAAGGGAAAAAGUUAAACUCAUGCAGAAAGUUAACUUUUCCAGGGUUUGAAGUUAAAGGUAUUCAACCAUUUGCUGGCUGAGCCAGAUCACGGGAACUUGAGAGCUUUUACUGUGAUUCUUCAAUGUAAAAAAUAAAUAACAAUGUCAAACUGUGUUUAUAUGAUUUGUAUAAAGCCUUUUUAAAAUUGCUAUUUAAAUAAACAUUAUA